AUGUCUCUGAAUUCCCCUGACAAUCAAAUCAGAGAAGACCAGCCAGGAGAGACCUUGGAUGAGAAUUUGGGGCCUGUGGCAGCAGCUGAAGAUCAACCUUGCCUAAAUGAGCACAACCACAUCUUCCACUUUGAUGGCUCGCAAUUUGCUCGAUGGCUGCCCAGUUUUUCAGUGGAACUGAUGCAUACCACCAAGAUCCUUGGCAUUACUGAAGCAUGCAAUUCCCAGCUUCAUGCAAUGACGCGGCAGAUUCAAGAAAUGUUUCCCGAGGUUCCAUACCAUCUUGUUCUGCAGGAUUUACAACUGACACACUCAGUCGAAACAACAACAGACAAUAUUUUAGAGGGACGAAUUCAACCUUUCCCUGCACAGGCUGAGCGUGGGCCCCUUGACCACAGUCCCAGGUUGGGAGAGAUGUCAGAUGUCCAGGAAUUGGAAGCUGAGCCCAAUGAGGUAAAGGACUUUAAAGCUGGAGGGAGCUGGUUCUCUAAGUCAGCUGAGGAACGCCAACGGAUGUUAGCACAGCGGAAGGAUGACCUGCUGCAGCAAGCUAGGAAAUGUUAUUUAAACAAAGCCUGUAAUGAUGACCCAGCCUCAGAGAAUAAUCUGCUUUCCCAGAGUUCAUUCUCUGAUCCUGUGACCCAACACUGAAGGAUGUAGGCUACUGCUACUCAACGAAGACUUUAG